AUGUCGCCGGCCAUGGCCUACAAAGAUGCGUCCGCGAAACUUGAUCCCAACAGCGUCCAUACUCGGCCACCACCCAAAGUUCCAUGCUUUGACGCAUCAGCUGCCUCAUGUGAUGAGAUAGUCGAAGGCUUGAUUCUGAGCGGCGGAUGCAUCGUACGCGGCAUGGUGUCACAGGAGGACUUGAACCAGAUUGAAAAGGAUACUCGCCCUUUCAUCCAGAAGGACAAACCGUGGACAUUGGAUGACUUUUUCCCUCCCGAAACGCGACGGGUUACUGGUCUCUUUGAAAAGUCCCGAACUUUUAUCGAGAGGAUCCCGGGGAACAAACUGUACCAAGACGUCUGCAACGUGCUGCUCACCGAUGUUCUCCCAGGCUACUGCGGACAGAAGCUCGAGAAUUUUAUGUCCAGACCGCAGCUAAACACCAACGUCAUCUUCUCCAUCGGUCCGGGUGCAAAGGCACAGGAUCUUCAUCGAGAUGAUUCCAUGCAUCACAACAGAACCGAUGAGAUCACGGUGGACGAGUACAAGAUUGGGCGUGAUACUGGUCUAGGAUGCUUUGUCGCCGGAAAGAAGACCACAAGAGCCAAUGGGGCCACCCGAUUCGUUCCUGGCUCCCAUCUCUGGAGCCAUCUGACGCCGCCGCCGGGCGAGGAUCAUGCUUAUUAUGCAGAACUAGAGCCGGGAGACGCGUUCUGGAUGCUCAGCUCGUCUUACCAUGGUGGGAGCGCCAACAAUACGUCCGACGAGGAAAGACUGGUGUAUGCGUGUUUCAUGACCAAAGGUUAUCUCCGUCAAGAAGAAAAUCAGUACCUCACGACUUCUCUCGACGUUAUGAGAACCUAUCCGUUAGAGAUCAUGAGAAUGGCAGGUUACCAAGCAAGCCUUCCUUACCUGGGAUGGGUCAACUUGGAGGAUCCAAUCCGAGUCUUGGUGGACGAGUCCGUCACCGGCAAACUCGCUCUCCAAUAGUCGUCGAAUCGCC